AUGAUUAGUUCAAACUUACAUGAAAUAAUACAAUCUCAAACUACAAGUCAAAUUACAAGCACUAGUUCGCAUCGAAUCGAUCCAUGUGAUAAUUUCUAUCAAUACGCUUGCAAAGAAUGGGAAGCAAAUAAUCCAAUACCGGAUAAUGAAGGGCAGAUAACUACUUUUAUGAAGGCAGGAAAAACCAUUGAUGAUUACUUCUAUAAUAUGAUUGCUAACAAUUCAUAUGUUUCAACUGAUCAGCGUUUAAUUGCUGCCCAAAACUUUUACAAAGCUUGUAUAAAAAAUCCUUUUGAUUCGGAUGAUCAAGUUAAAAAUCAAUUGCUUCAAUUAAUUUCAAUGUCAUUUGGUCAAUGGGAUUUAUUGCCCGCUUUUAGUGGAAGUCGAGCAAACACAAAUCAAGUUAUGAGAAAUGUUGUUAAUUUAAAUUUGACUGAAAUAUAUCUACCACUGAUUAGUACAACAGGAUAUUCACCAUUGUUUUCAAUGGAUGUUGAUGCAGACACCAAUCUGAUUCGAAUUUAUCCAGGUCGGUUAUCAUCAAAUCUCAAUUACUUGAACGAGUAUGGAUUUCCUUACUUAAAAGACAAGUUUUAUGAGGCUGUUGAUUUACUGAAUAUAAAUCAUUCGAAUGAUGACAGUCUUAAUGGUACUUUUGAAUUAUUUGACCAAUUGGCUAAUAAUUACUUAGGUGCAGGAACAUUUUCGACGUCCGGGUCAAGAAAAGUUGUUAGAUUGGAAGAAUUAAAGGAUAUCUGUCGACAGAUCGAUUGGGAUUACUUAUUUGACAAAGUAUUCAAUGAAACUGGAAUUUCAGACUACAAAAGUCGGCAAAUAGAAAUCGUGGAUACAUUUCUACUUCAGUAUUCUUGUGGACUACAUCAAAUACAAUUGGAAACAGUAGAAGGCAAAAGUGCGCUCUACAAUUUGGCCAUUUUGAAUUUUGUGGUAGAACAAUUGAGUCAUUCAUUACAUCGUGACAGAUUUAUUCGUGGGAAUAGAACAAAUCCAGGAACCACCAUAUAUUUCUUACCUUAUUGUAUCAAUCGAUACAGUCGAACUCAGGUACAGCAACUAGUUUCAGAAUUGAGAGACACCAUUGCUCAAUCGAUUACACAGGCGACAUGGUUGGACAGUGAAACAAAACUCUUUGCCAAGGAAAAGGUUCGAAAUAUCAUACCUUUUGUCCUAUAUUCUGAUGUGAAUGAACCAGAAAGAAGAGCAAAUCUUUCAGCAAUAAACAGAUAUUCGAUAAAUUCGUUGGACCAUAUUUUGAAUGAAUACUAUGUGUAA